GGGAGGAAACGGAGCUGCAAAGUCAGUGCUGCUCUGCUGUACAGGGGUGCAGGGCAGACGCAGAGCCAAUCACCGGAACGCACUGCAUGGGCUGCCUUUAAGCCUGACAUAUCUCCUCGAGGAACAAAUUGUCCCGACAAUCAACAUCCUUAAUCGCGGAGAGCGACACCGAGGAGAGCCGAUCGAGUGGGCAGGCCCAACGCGGAAGAGGAUUGGAACAUUUUUCCAAAGAACAAGACAUAAAGGCCAACUUUCGGGGGCCGCGGACGUCAUGUCGAUUUUACCCUCUUUCGGCUUCACCCAGGAGCAAGUGGCGUGCGUGUGCGAGGUACUGCAGCAGGGAGGCAACCUGGAGAGGCUCGGCCGCUUCUUGUGGUCGCUCCCCGCUUGCGACCACCUCCAUAAGAACGAGAGCGUCCUGAAGGCGAAAGCGGUGGUGGCCUUCCACCGAGGCAACUUCCGGGAGUUGUACAAGAUCCUGGAGAGCCAUCAGUUUUCAGCGCACAACCACCCUAAACUGCAACAGCUGUGGCUCAAGGCGCACUACGUGGAGGCGGAGAAGCUGCGCGGUCGGCCGCUCGGCGCCGUGGGGAAGUACCGGGUGAGGAGGAAAUUCCCGCUGCCGCGCACGAUAUGGGACGGCGAGGAGACCAGCUACUGCUUUAAAGAAAAGUCCAGGGGGGUCCUGCGGGAGUGGUACACGCACAACCCUUACCCGUCCCCGCGGGAGAAGAGGGAGCUGGCCGAGGCCACCGGACUGACCACCACGCAGGUCAGCAACUGGUUCAAAAACAGACGGCAGCGGGACAGAGCCGCGGAGGCCAAAGAAAGGGAGAACAGUGAAAACAACAACGCAGGCGGUAACAAACAGAACCAGCUGUCCCCGUUGGACGGAGGAAAGUCUCUCAUGUCCAGCUCGGAGGACGAAUUUUCUCCCCCACAGAGCCCCGACCAGAACUCUGCGCUUUUGCUCCAGGGCAACAUGGUCCACCCCGGGGCCUCCGCGUACUCCAUGCCCGGCCUGGGGGCCCCACAGCCGGUGCACGGCAUGCACGGACACCCGCACCAGCUGCAGGACUCCUUGUUGGGACCGCUAACUUCCAGCCUUGUGGAUUUGGGCUCUUAAAGACGCUAUUUUAUUCGACGACGAAAAAAAAAAAAGAACGUACAGAGGAGGACUGAUGAGUGUAUCAGAUUAUGUAUGAAAUAACACUAUAGCCUAAACCUUAUUAUAUAGACUGACUUGUCUGUCGUUGAAUUUGAUUCGAACUUCAAAUUCCUUAUGCUCUUAAUCUGUAUAUCACCCCGACGGGAUUUUUUUUUGGGAAAAAAAAAAAUCUCUAGCACAUGAAAAACAAACAAGAUCUAAAACCCUGAACGAAACACUUAUGUGGACUACAUUUUCUUAAUUUAUAUUUUGUUAAAGAUAAUUUUAGUCGGAUCCUGCCAUUAGUUUCAAAUAAAACUAAAAGUAAUGCAUUUGUCUUGCUUUAUUCGCCUGUCGUUUAUUUGUAUGGAUUUGAGCAAAAACACGUUUACCCUAAUAUGUUAAUUUUGCCUGCACAUUUCUAAAAUUAUUAUUUUAGACCAUAGUGUGUGUCCGUGCCUGUACAAAACAAAAAGACCCAAAUUCAGUCACUUGUUUGCUUAAUUAGAAAUCUCGAGUAUUUCAUCGCGUUAUUCACAGUGCGAACAUAACCAUAAUGGGAAAGCCCCUGUUUUUUUGGGUGAGUUUUUAUCUAUUUAUUUAUUUUUGGGGACGAAUGCCUUGAUUUUUAUUUUUGCUAUCGUGUUUUUCUUUACUUUGCAAGACUGUGUCUGCAUGGUCCGGGCCAUGGGAAAGAGUCUGCACUCACCCUGUUAUAGCGUUGCAGUUUUCAAAUCUAAAUGACAAACAUCCUGUUGGAAAAAGGGGGAAAACCUAUAUAAGAGGGGCAAGUGCAAUGAAUUUACAGUGCAAAUAAACAAGGGAUUAAAAAAGUAUUAUUUAAACCACAAAAUUGGCUCAAACAUUAC